CAAACAAAGAAAAAGUGCAUUUGAAUUACUGAUUAUUAAACAUUGCGACCAGAGGCAGUUGCACACAAUUGCGUAUUUGAUAAAUUGCAAGGCAGAUUGCUAAGGCGCGCGUUGGCAAUUCUCGCAGUGUGUAUGUUUGUGGCACAAGUGCGUGGUGCGUGCGUCGGUGUUAGUGAGCGUGUGUGCGUGUGCGUCUGUGUGUAUAUAUUUGUAUUUGUAUUGCUAUUAACUAAUAAACAAUAACCUUCGGGGCCAAGAAAACUGCCCUCCGCCUGUUCCAACAAACCGAAACAAAAAUAAAAUCGUGCAGCACCGUCUGCCAGUUUGGGCUCUUUCCGUAUUCCGUACACCCAAAGAACCCAAAGAAACCGUAGCAGCAGCAGCAAAAGCAACAAAUUAUCCAAGCAAAAGCCACAGAGGCAGAGCGGAGCCAAAUUAUUGUGUGACGAAGCAUUAAGUUAAGCGACACCACGGCAGCCACCAACAGCACACAAAUGGCGGACGUGAGCGAUCCCAGUGAGCUGUUCGACCUGGAGCUCCACGAGGACGACAAAGCGCACGACUCCGACGACGACAGGAUCGAGCUGGACGAUGUUGAUCUAGAACCGGAAUUGUGUAUUAAUCUGCACCAAGACACUGAGGGUCAGGAGACCAUACAGCUCUCCGAAGAGAAUGUCAAUCCGGGCCAAAUCAAGCUGGGACCCAAGGACUUUGAGCUCAAGAAAGUCCUCGGCAAAGGUGGCUACGGCAAAGUAUUUCAGGUGCGCAAGACCGCUGGACGAGAUGCCAACAAAUACUUUGCCAUGAAGGUGCUCAAGAAGGCAUCGAUAGUGACCAACCAGAAAGACACAGCGCACACACGCGCCGAGCGCAAUAUACUGGAGGCCGUCAAGCACCCCUUCAUAGUGGAGCUGGUCUAUGCCUUUCAAACAGAUGGAAAACUCUACCUUAUACUUGAAUAUCUGAGCGGCGGCGAGCUGUUUAUGCAUUUGGAGCGUGAGGGCAUCUUCCUGGAGGAUACCACAUGCUUCUAUCUAAGCGAAAUCAUAUUGGCACUGGGCCAUCUACACAAACUGGGAAUCAUCUAUCGCGAUCUAAAACCCGAAAAUAUAUUGCUGGACGCACAGGGCCAUGUGAAGCUAACAGAUUUCGGCCUGUGCAAGGAGCACAUACAAGAGGGUAUUGUCACCCACACCUUCUGCGGCACAAUUGAGUACAUGGCACCUGAAAUCCUAACUAGAAGUGGCCAUGGCAAAGCCGUCGAUUGGUGGUCCCUGGGCGCCCUCAUGUUCGACAUGCUCACAGGAGUGCCGCCCUUCACCGCCGAGAACCGCAAGAAGACCAUCGAGACCAUUCUUAAAGCAAAACUCAAUCUGCCAGCCUACCUCACACCCGAAGCCAGAGAUCUUGUGCGUCGCCUCAUGAAGCGUCAGGAGCCACAGCGCCUUGGCAGCGGGCCCGAGGAUGCGGCGGCAGUCCAAAUACAUCCAUUCUUCAAGCAUGUCAACUGGGACGAUGUACUGGCCAGGCGCCUAGAACCGCCCAUAAAACCGCUCUUGCGAAGCGAGGAUGAUGUUUCACAGUUCGACACAAGAUUCACAAGACAAAUUCCAGUGGAUUCACCGGAUGAUACAACGCUGAGCGAAAGUGCCAAUUUAAUUUUCCAAGGAUUCACCUACGUAGCGCCCUCGAUAUUGGAGGACAUGCAUCGGGUCAAUCGGAUGCCGGCGCGCUCCCCUAGACGCACACCCAGACAGCAUCCGGACAGCAGCUACCGGUUGCAGUUUCCGUCCGCCAGUGGGAUGGUGGGACCCAACGCUCCCGGCCCUAUGAACAUGCAACGCUCGACGCUGUUCGCUCGGGCCACUCCGCCCCACCACAUGCAUACGUUCGCGCCGCGCCCAUCGCCAGCACAGGACGAAAUGAUGGAUGUGCAGCAGGGAUUGCCAAUGGUCUAGGCGGAGUUGCAGCCCAAGAGAGCAUCCCAUCCGACCACAACAUCCCCCCUUCCCAUCAGAAAUUGACAGUUACUACUAUGACGUAUAUGGAAAGUGGACAAGGAUUCGGAUGCGGAUUCGGAGUGAGCCGGAGGACGAGCAGAAGGAGAAGUAGGAUCACACAGAACGAGUGUGAUGCAUGUGUGCGGUGGGUGUUGUUUUUGUUAAAGAGAGCGCGCAAGGAUCGCGCUGUGAUUUGGAAGGUUAUGAUGAUGAUUAGGCAAGGAGGAGAACGUUUGUUUUGGAUACUAACAACAUUUAGGUACUACAACUAAAGUUGGCAAGCUGCACGAAAACAUAUGCUAUAGCUAUACUAUAUAUACACACACACACACACACCUAGAGAAAUAGGGCGAUUUUUAUGUAUAAAUAUCAUACUACACUUAUAGUUUACAUAGGAAAAAAGGUUUAUACAAUUUAGUUGAAAUGUACACGCAACACUUUCAUUUCGGUUUAGCCCCACAACCCGCUGCACCAGACAACAAACAGAUUAAAGCUAAGAAAGUUCUGUAGUCGAGAUGUAGCUCUUAAUGUAAAAUAUAUAAAAUCAAACGUGUGUGGGCGAUUACCUCCACGUACACAUCAACCACAAACCCAGUCCCAAAGCAGGGUCUAGCUUAUCCUAAUCUAUCAUUUAGUUUGCACGAUUAUCAACCGCUGUAAUUAUGAAGACCCCCCACAAGAGUACCCUAUUUGAUUGAUUGUAGUCCGAGAGUUAUUCUUGUUUUUGUCAGUUACGAACAUCAAUCUAUAUUCAGUAGGCAUAGGCAUGUAGGGCGACGUUAGUUUUAGGUACACUGCAACGUAGCAAGCAACACAAAUUCAAAUUCAAAUUCAAAUGGAAAUGAAAUGUAAAUUAUAAACUAAAUAAACUAAACUAGAAUAUUAAAGAAUAAACCAUAAAAAGCAUAAAUGUAUGUUAUAAAACGGUUUCCACAGCACCAUUAAAAGUGUACCCCGACUUUGGGAAUCAUUUUCUCGCAUAGCCAAUUUAUAUUUAUAUAUAAAUACUUGGAAAUCUCCUCUUUUGUUGCAACCCGCCAGGAAUUAAAUAUGUUCCAUAUCUGAUUAUGUUCAACUUUCAAUAUAAACUAAACUAAACUAAAAAUGAAACAAAACAAAAAUCGAAACUGAAAUUGAAACUGAAACUGAAACUGAAAUGAAUAACGCGUACUGAGAAGCUAAACGCUGCCACCACAAUAUAUGUAGAUCCAGGGAGGGGAGAUGGGAGAUCUAUAGGUCAAAAGAUUAUACGAAGUAUGUACUUUGAUUAUAUUCUGUUUCAGUUGUGUUUUUCUCCCUUUAUUUUCCAUCUAAAGAAAAAAGAUAAAUAACGAUGUCAAAUAUAAUCAAAAGGUGCUUUGAAUUGUUUAAAAAGACAAGACAACAAAAACAAAAAAAAAACAGAAUUAAACACAAUAUAUAAAAACAAAAAAAGAGACAAAGGGAAACGAAGAUGAACUAUUGAAAACGAAAGCAACUAAAACCUAAAACAUUAAUUAUAAUGGUUAUGAAAGAAUAUUUAUAUAAACUAAAAGUAAAUACCUCAGAAGCAAUUAUUUUUGUUACAAGCAACUGAUGAAAAGUGGAGCAGGGAGUGAAGAGUGAAGAGUGCAGAGUGGAGAGUGCGGGCUGCGAAGUGAAGCGAAUAAAGAACUUAACAAAUUAUGAAAACUACCAACUAAAGAACAGCAAAU